UGCCGUUGGCCCACAACGUUGCUGAGUGACAUUAAGUGCUUAGGUCGCCUCCUAUAUAAAAGCCGUCUUUCUUCGUCACCAAAACCUCUUUGCUCUCACGAUUCUCUUUAGCCCUAUCGUUCGUUGGCUAGGGUACGACGGCCUUUUCUCUCACGAAGCAAAGGUCUUUCCAAUCUCUGAAUCUCCGUCGCUAUGUCUCAGGUUGAUAGCAGAAAUUCUUCAGCAGCCAAACGUGCCCGAACUGAUGGUGGGCGCAGGGAAGAUGACUGGACCUGCCCUAGCUGUGGCAAUGUCAAUUUUUCAUUUAGGACUACUUGCAAUAUGCGCAACUGUACGCAGUCUAGGCCAGCUGAUCAUAACUCAAAAUCUGCUGCUAAGCCCAUGCAAGGACCACAGGGCUACUCAACCGCAGCUCCCUAUGUAGGCUCUGGUGCACCCUCGUCAAUGUAUAUAGGUGUGCCACCUUAUGGUUCUUCCCUGCUCAAUGGAACGUCAAUGCCUCCAUAUGAUGUUCCAUUUCCUGGGGGUUCUGCAUAUCAUUACACCUAUGGCAGCCGCCUAUCUGGAGGAAGCCCCUAUCGACCCCUCCAUCUAUCUGCCCCAUCACAUUAUGCUAGUGGAUCUAUUGUGGGCAACGGUGGGAUGUAUGGGGUAGCCCCCUUGAUGGACCGAUAUGGCUUUGGUUUGCCCAUGGGACAUGCUGUCAUGUCUCCAAGGCCAGGAUACUUUGCAGAUGAUAAAUCCCAAAAGAAAGAUGGCACUCGUGAAAAUGAUUGGACAUGUCCAAAAUGUGGAAAUGUUAAUUUUUCGUUUAGAACUGUUUGUAACAUGAGGAAGUGCAACACACCAAAGCCUGGAUCCCAGGCUGCAAAGUCAGGAAAGAAUUCAAAGCGAGAGAUGCCUGAGGGUAGCUGGAAGUGUGACAAAUGUAACAACAUUAACUAUCCUUUUAGGACCAAGUGUAACAGACAGAAUUGUGGGGCUGAAAAACCAUCUGAGCCAAAUGAGUCCUCUUCAGAAUCAGCCGAUGAGAACGAUCAGUGAGUACUAGGACAUGUUUGAGAGUUGAGAAGGUCCAGGGUCGUCGUCCAGCAUUGCUCAGUAUGGGUCUCUGAAAGUCAGUCAUGUCGUCUCUGUUGCAGCGGUUGUCGAGUUACUCUGCCUUCUCAUGAUCCUGUGUCACGUUGUUGUAGUUACUGAAAUGGUAUUUAUGGUCUUUAUGGAUCCUUUUUAAGUUGCAUCAUGUGUCAGCCAGCUUGUUCAGGCAAGAUUUUCAGGUAGGUUCGGCUUUCUAUUUUAUAGGAUUUGUGCACCUGGUAUCGCAUCUAUUUUAGUGGGUAUUGUUAACAUGCAUUUGAGUUUAUGCUACUAGCAGCAUAAGGGCUUACUGCAGCCUGCAUUGUUCUGGUUUCCAAUUCAGUUUGACUUGGUUCUAUGCAGUUAAAAGCAUCUGUGCUCUGGCAGAUGCUUCUGUUAGAAGUUUAUGUCCAUGAUCUUGUAUGUUUACAAGGAUCUCCUUUUCUCUCCAUUAGUUGUCUGUAACAGAGGGCUACUUGUCUUUGUAUUAUCCUAAAUGGUUAUGCUUGUUAUUCUUUAUGACCAUUACAGUGACUAGAGGCCUAUAUGUGAUGACACAAAGAUGUGUUUCCAGAUCAUUAUCAUUCUGAAUUCAGCAUUGGGUGGGUGAUUUGUUUGAACUGUGUUUGUGAGGUCCCAUUGUUCGGGGUAAUUGGGUUCAGUUAGAGCUAUGUUUAAACUGAGAACUAGAAUAUGUUCUGUGAUUGUAUAUGGAUUUAGCAUCAAGUGUUGGUGAAUGUGAACUAGUAUGGAAUAUCCCUCCAAAAAGGUCACAGUUUGAAAAUGUCAUCUAAGUGGGAGUUUUUCGUGUCUGUUGGUGUUUGUGAGGUUCCAUUGUUCGUGGUAAUUGGGUU